AUGGACGACGAAGAAUCCGUUAAUGUAGGACCCGUGCAGAUCCGGACCCGGAAGUACGUCAAGCUGAGUUAUCACUACUUGAUUACUCACUUUUUCAAGCUCUUACUGGUUCCUUUAAUCUCGGUUUUCGUCACGAAUGUCUCCCGGUUAAGUCUAAACCAGCUCCAUCUCCAUCUCCAGCACAAUCUCGUCGGAUUCAUCUUCCUCACCGCCGUCGUCAUUAUCGGAUCAACAGUCUUCUUCAUGUCCCGACCAAGAUCCGUCUACCUCCUCGACUACUCAUGCUACCUCCCGCCGUCGAAUCUCCAAGUCGGCUACCAGAAAUUCAUGAACCAUUCAAAACUGAUCGAAAACUUCAGCGAGUCGUCGCUCGACUUCCAGCGGAAGAUCCUCGAGCGAUCCGGUCUCGGCGAAGAGACUUACCUCCCGGAGUCCGUCCAAUCCAUCCCGCCGCGUCCGACUAUGGCGGCGGCGCGUGAGGAAGCGGAGCAGGUAAUCUUCGGCGCGCUCGACAGUCUCUUCAAGAACACAAAAAUCAACCCUAGAGAGAUCGGUGUCCUUGUAGUGAACUGCAGUUUGUUUAACCCUACGCCUUCUUUAUCCGCCAUGAUCGUGAACAAGUAUAAGCUUAUAGAGAGCGUGAAGAGCUUUAACCUCGGUGGGAUGGGAUGUAGCGCCGGCGUAAUCGCCGUUGAUCUCGCGAACGACAUGUUACAGAUCUGUAGAAACAGUUUUGCUCUUGUGGUUAGCACAGAGAACAUCACUCAGAAUUGGUACUUGGGUAACAAGAAAUCUAUGUUGAUCCCUAAUUGCUUGUUUAGGGUUGGUGGAUCCGCGAUCUUGCUCUCGAACAAGCCUUGUGAUCGGAGAAGAUCAAAGUAUAGACUUGUUCACACGGUGAGGACUCAUAAAGGAUCUGACGAGAAGGCUUUCAACUGUGUGUACCAAGAACAAGACGAGGCUUUGAAAACCGGAGUUUAUUUGUCUAAAGAUCUUAUGGAUAUAGCUGGAGAAGCUCUUAAGACCAACAUCACCACUUUGGGUCCUCUUGUUCUUCCCAUAAGCGAGCAGAUCUUGUUCUUUGCGGCUUUUGUUAAUAAGAGAUUGUUCAACGGCAAGAAGAAGAAGAAGAAGAAGAAGGCUUACGUACCGGAUUUCAAGCUUGCGUUUGAUCAUUUCUGUAUUCACGCGGGAGGUAGAGCCGUGAUCGAUGAGCUAGAGAAGAGUUUGAAGCUUUUGCCGGAACAUGUGGAGGCUUCAAGAAUGACGUUGCAUAGAUUUGGAAACACUUCGUCGAGCUCUAUAUGGUAUGAAUUGGCUUACACGGAAGCUAAAGGAAGGAUGAGGAAAGGGAACCGAGUUUGGCAGAUUGCUUUUGGAAGCGGGUUUAAGUGUAACAGCGCGGUUUGGGUGGCUCUUCGUGAUGUUGAACCAUCGGUUAACAAUCCUUGGGAACAUUGUAUCAGUAGAUAUCCGGUUAAGGUUGAUUUCUGA